UCUAGUUUCUCCUCGAAACUUCUUCCUUCUCUCCUCUGAUCCGCUGCCGCCAUCCGCCAUGGAAUCGACCUGCGCUUCCCAAGAAGCGAACAAAGAGAAGAAAGAACAGGAAAUGGAAGCACCGUUUCCGGUGCUUGGAAGUGGAAGAAAGAAUGUUGAAUUGAAAGAGACUGUGCAUUCGAUCCGGAGCUCUUUGAAUAAAUUUGCAUCACUAAUGAAGAAACCCUCGCAUCGAAGAAGCCCUUCUCCUAUCAACUGGUUUCCAAGAAAAAAGACAGAUUCAUUCCUGAAGAGAAAGAUAAAGCUUCUCCAGGAAGGUGGUGGGAUGAAUAUGUCUUUAGUUGAAACUCUCGGCAAUGCCAACCCUCACUAUUCAAGGAUAGCAAGGGAGAAGAUUGCAGCUCAAGAGGCAGCUCGUAGAGCCAUGGAAGCUCGUAAAGCUGCAAUGGUUGAAGCUUCUUGGUGUAGAAUUCUUCAAGCAGCAAGGAUUCAAAGCAAAGAUGCUGAAUCCAAGUUGCAGAAAGCUGAAGCAUUUGCUGCAGAAGCUUUUGAAGAAGCAAAGCUAAUGGGAGUUAUGAUGUUCGAUAAACCUGAUUGUCCCAGGAGAUCAUGUGAAGUGUCAUCCUCAGCCACUGGUGGCAAAUCUGCACACACAGUAACUGCUUCUUUUGAUACUGAGUUUGAGGUGGAUAGGGAAGUUGCAGCAGCAGUCAAAAAAGCUUUUAUAUUACUCGCCAACUUCUCCUCUUCCUCAAAUAAAGAAGAAUUCAGAGACUUGUUACGAAAAAUCAGGCAGAAUCCCGACGAUUAUGGAGCUUUAACGACAUCGCUGCAAUGCGAAUUUGAUCAUAGUAGUGAACUAGAACCUGAACUGCAUAAUGAGGUGAGCCACAGGAAAAGCAGCCAUGGAAAUCUUCAAGAAUAUCAUGAAGAUACUAAUUCUAAUUUGUCUGAAGAUCUGGUGAACAUAAUGGUUGAUAGGCUUAAAGCACUGCAAGAAAAUGAGCUUUCAUCUCUUGCGACUAUCGUCGCCACUUGUGGUUUGAAUGCUGCCCUUCUUGAAAUGCAAAACAGCCAUGGUCAUGAGAAUGAGCAUGGUGGACAAGAAGAAAUGCGAAGGAGGUCCAACGUCGACCAGUCUCUGUAUGUGUCACAGAAAAAGAAAGAAGAUAUCUCCAAUGUACCCAGUCUGGAUAAGUUCUUAGUGAAACAUGUCUCCAGGCUUGAAAGAGAAGUCCAACAAGCUCAACUGUCAAAGAAGGAUGAUGAUGCCAUAGCAGAAUUUGAUGAGCAAGUUUCUGAUGAUAGAACUGCUCAGUUGAAACAGACCAGAAGAAAAUCACAGUAUGCGUCGGAUCUGGGAAGUAUUCUCAUAAAGCAUGUAUCCAAACUUGAAAGAGAAAUUCAGGAAGCUAAGAAUUCUCAGAAGAAAAACCCAAAAAACGAUCAUGAAGAAGAAUGCAUAAUAAAGUUGUCUGAAGAUUUGGAACGGGCAGAUGUCAAGUUUCUUGAGAUGAUUUCAUUAGCUUCAGCUGAUGAAAAGGAGGAAAAGGAGAAUCUCAAGUGUAAGUCAAAGUCAUUGACAAAAGAGAAGAAUCAGGCUAUGGAACUACGGGAAAUAACUAAUGGAAAUAUAUCCAAAUCUCAAGAUGUAAGAGCUAAAUUGGAAACUCGCAAAUCAUUUUCAUGUCAAAGUAGACAAGGAAUCAAUGACUUCCAACAAGCAAGCCUAGAUAAAAUUCUUGUCAGACCUGUUCACUGGUUGGAGAGAGAAAAAAUGAAAGCUAAGGAAAAAGGAAAUAUGCCUUCAGUGAAAAAAAUUGAGACAAAACUUGAGAAGAUUGAACCUCUCGAUGAGAUUUUGGUAAAGCAUCAAUCAAAACUUGAAAAAACCAAGCUAGCUUCAGUUCAAGAAGGAACUGACUUUGUAGUGCAGAAAAGAAGGCAGCAUGUAGAGAAGAUAGAGAGUCUAGAUGAGAUUUUAGUGAAGCAUCAAUCCAAACUUGAGAGAGCCAAGUUGGAAGCAACUCAAAAUUCAGAAAAUUCCAUUAAAAAUGUCGAUGCUCGUAGGAAAGCAAGGGAGAAAGAACUGCAAGAAGCAUGGGGAGGCUUGAGCUUAGGAAAUUCUCUGCAGCCUCAUCUUUCAAAGCUUGAGAAAGACAAGGCUGCCUGGAGAAGAGCUGAGCAGGAAGCUAAAAUCCGUCGAAGGGAGUGUUGAAAGUAGAUUUUCUGCAUUUUUCUUAUCUUUUUAAAUUUGGAAGAAUUCUCAUUAAAGAUACCAUAUGCUAGCUCUUUUUUGGUGUAGCAUCCAUGUACAGAUGCUGUAUUUGAAUCCCCUUUUAAUAGUUGUUCUUAUCCUGGA